AUGUCAGCCAAUCUUGACAAGUCUCUUGACGACCUUGUCGGCAGCCGCCGCCAGUCUGCUCGCCGUCGUCGUGGCGCUGGUCGCCGGACCGCCCCCAAGCCAUCGGUCGGUGGUGUCAAGAAAGCCUCUAAGGCCCCCAAGGCUGCGGCCAAGGUCGUGCACCCCACGCCUACCGCACCCACUCCUUCAAGCAAGAUUAUUGUCAGCGGACUUCCUUCUGAUGUGUCCGAGGCCAAUAUCAAGGAAUACUUUGCCAAGUCUGCAGGUCCCGUGAAGAAGGUCAUGCUCACCUACAAUCAGAAUGGCACCAGCCGUGGCAUCGCAUCGAUCAUCUUCAACAAGGCCGACACUGCCGCUAAGGCUGCCAAGGAGCUUAACGGACUGAACGUUGACGGCCGCCCCAUGAAGAUUGAGGUUGUCUUCGACGCCUCCUUCGCACCUCCCGUGGUGCCUCCUAAGUCCCUGGCUGAUCGUGUCGCUCAUAAGCCUCAGCCCAAGCCUGCGACCGCCCCCAAGGCGGCCACCAACAAGCCCAAGGCCCGCGGAACCCGUGGCUCUGGCCGCGGUGCCCGUGGUCGCAACCCGGGCCGCGGCAAGCCCAAGACCGUUGAAGAGCUCGAUGCCGAAAUGGUCGACUAUUUCAACAACGACGGCACAGCUGCCGAGAGUAGCGCCCCCGUCAAUGGUGUGGCUGCCCCAGUCGCCGCUGGCGAGGACACUGGCAUGGCUGAGAUCUCCGUGAGUCGUCCGUAUUUGUCUUGUGACCGAUUAUGA